AUGACCAGACCUGUUGGGCUCACCGCUACCUCGUAUGUACUCGAACCACUGCUCUACAGCCAUGUACUCGGGUCAUGCCGAAGUUAUGCCGAAAGCCUGAAACAAAGGAUGUACGAUCAAGAUCCAAACAUCCAGAGGAAGCUAGUCAGCUCGAUUGCUUGGCCUUUGUUUGCCCUUGAGGCAUCUUGCCCUCUAAGCGCCUCCAUACCUGUCGAACUCCAAUUAGCCGAAUCUUUGCCAGCCCCUCAAGGCUUAUCCGAAAUUCCUUACAUGGGGGUCAAUUUGCAUUCGAGUCAAGAAGAUCUCUUCGAAGUGUACAACCGUGGAAGGUUACUCAACCCAAAGCGUCCUUCCGAAAACCAGCAGGUUCACAGUCAACCGGACAUCUUAGGCUUUCAUGCUCCUUCGACAGAGUUCGGCGGUGAAAUUGCAGAGCCCGAAAAUAGUUUACUGCCACAGGUCAGCAAAAGACAAAAAAACGACCAAUAUAACUACAACUAUGGUGGUACCAAUUCUCCAUAUUUGAGUUUUGGUCCGCCUACGUUGUCCACUGGCGCCAAUCAUGCAAUGUCAUCGGUAUUUGAAGAUGCACGAAACUUUCAAGCCGGCCAUGACUUUCAGAGCUGGUCUAGCUUUCCUACGUCCCCAAAUUAUCCCACUUCGCUCGGAUCCCCUCAACCACACGCAAUGGAACAUGGCGCAUGGAACCUUGAUAACCCAGAUUCAACUUUCCGAACACCAAUGCUUGAAACUGUCCCUGAAGUAGAUACGAGUAACAACCUGUCUUGGCUUCACAAGCAGUUGGAUUCUGACCGCCCUGGGUCCGAGAAGUUCGAUGCUCAUGGAUGGAUAUCGUUCGUAAAUCAGUUCGAAGUCCCCUCGGCUGUACCCGAGCUCCCAGCCCGAAAAGGCCACACAGAAUCUCAUGAUCAUCCCCAAUUUCAACGUGACGCGCACCCGGGCCAAGAUUAUAUUGGACUUCACGCUGGUCCUAAUGAAAUAAGGCGCCAUAAUGCAGUUGACGAUUAUACUAACAAUCAAGUUUUGAUAUCCUCACAAGCCCAUUACCCCAGCGAAAAUCACGAACAGUCUCCCAGAUAUCGCAGGGUUUCCCCAGAGGGCUCAUCAGCUCAAGACGAGUUUCAUGUGGAAGAUAAUGCCGAGGCCUACGAUCAGCUUCUACAGGAUGCAAACAAGAAGCAGAAAAAAAGCGCACAUUUGCGCUUAAUCGACUCGGCGAAAGAGACUGGCCCGUCCUUAUCUAUUCCACAUCUCCAUUUGCCCCGUCAAUCUGUGAGCAUUGGCUUGUUGGAAAGCUUUACAAAAAGGUUUCAAAACGAGCUAGUCAACAACAUGAAGUUUGCAAACGCCAGAGGUUCGAGGGAGAGCUAUUCAAUAGAUGAUUCAACAGCUAAGUUGAACCGUUGGAAAAAUACCAAUGACUUUGUAGUCAGGAUCUUACUCCAUCCCCAAUUCAUCGAAACCGACCAUAAGAAAAGGCCAAAUCAGAGAAGCACAAAGCUUACCACUCAAUUUAAAAAACUAAUUAAAUGGAUCGUGUUCAUCAAUGCAGCUAUCUUGAGAAAUUUGACCGGAGACAUCCAGCACGGAGACGAAGUGAAGUUACACGAGAAGCUGGUUGAAUGGCUCUUCGAUGAAGUUUUCUAUCCUCCAAACAGUUAUCCAGUCAUCGGAAUCGUCUCAAACAUCCAAAGGUCGAAAUUGGGAAACAAAUUUGGCGAGCUUCAGAGAAUUGUUGUCAACUAUCUAUCCCUAAAGCCAGAUUCAAAUGAACUUGAAGUUGCAUUACCGAUCAUUAAGAUUUACUACGAAACUUUCAAUCCUGAAAUUUGGAAUCGAGUUGGACAUACCCAAGAGAAUGUCGCGUAUCGAAAAUUGAUGUUGCUCAUCGCUCAUGCACUCAAAACAGACAUGAAAGUUCUCAAAGGAGUUGAUGACCACGGUUAUGAAAACUUCAAGUUAGGAAACUUCCAAAUUUGCAAUCUUGAAAUCCUUCCUAGAUCAAUGAUGCCCCAUUAUCCCACACUGAGAUACGAUGUAACUCUGGGCACCGAGGAGACGAUUACUAUGGAAUCUUUCCGCAAGAUUUCACUCUCGAUGGGGGACAUUGAUCGUUAUCCAGACAAGAUAAAAUCUGGGGGACUUGGGACUGUUAUCUUGAAGAAUACCCCUGAUCUGGAACAAGAUUCGUCCGGAUAUCUUUGGAUUGAACUCGAAACGGGCCUGAUAGCCUCUAGAAUUCAGGUUUCCCGUAGUUUGGAAAUGCUGAUGGCGAAUCUUAAAGCAUGCCACGUGGGAUUUUCGGAUUUUGUCAAACUCAAGGGGAUGGAACUUCAAACACAGAAAUCGUUCUUUCUAUGGAUCCAUAAUCUGUUGAUGGUAGGGCCCAAAGAAAAAUUACCGCUCUUCGGUAAAGUUGAGCUGGAGAAGAUCAUUCAAGAUGAUGAUGAUGGACUUAUAGGGAAUUCCAAUUUUUCCGAUCCUCAAAUUUUCUUGCUGGAUUAUUAUUUCAGUGAUUGCACUUCACAUUUCAAGGCAAUUCAUGUAGCUCUGUCCUUGAUCGGUCAUUGGUACAAGGAAAACCAGAAGGAAACUUUCAUCAAGAUCUUCAAAACUGACAAAACAUUUUGGAAUGCUAUGAUUACUUUGCUUGAGCCAAAGUUUAGAUUUAGAAAGAAAUACACUUUGAGAUAUUUUCUACCUGACUUAUCCACCUGA